AAAUACAUUGCUGUACAUACAUCUUCCUACAGGGCCUUAAUAUACCCAGCCGCUACCAUUGGAAACACGUGAAAUUUAUUCCGUUGUGUCUCUUGCAGCUUUCUUCUGUUCCCAAUGUUUCACUGAAAGAUAACGAUAGUGCCAAAAAAGUAUUGGUCUCUGAGAAGAUAGAGAAUCAUCGAGUAAAAGUUGAAAAUACGACAACAAAACAUCUUUCGCUGAGAACUUAAAGCAAAGAUAUAUUUUUAUCUUCCCACGCGUUGUGUUUAUGUGAUGUGAUUGGUCGUUUCCCCACCUCUGGAGAAGGCUCGCGCAAAAUGUUAUGAUAACAAGCAACGUCUGUGCUAGUGUGGCUGAUGGUAGCGUUGAGGUGUGUUGAGGAGGUAUGCGGUGUUGAUGUGGUUUCAGUUAUGUGACAGCAAAUGAAAUGCUUUCGCUUAGUCGCCAUUUAGUAAUAAAUGCGACUACCUAUUGGACUCUGUAGGAAGGAGGAAUGAGGUGGAAGAUGUUCAAAGAUGCAAUCAUUGUACAGUGGGGAGAACAACCAGCAGGAAGACAAUCAUCAGUGUGCCACUUACAUAUUUCCAGCAUCCCGUGCAAUGCCGUCGACUAUGAUGUCAGACGACCUGAGCAGUGUAACGAGGGAUACUCAGACUACUUCAGCAACAGUAUUCAAAGGACACGCUCGAAGUGCAAGCCACGGUGCUGUCGGAACAGGGGCAGUAUCAUCAGCGAGCUCCGUUGGCGUCAUUGGCCGACCGUCGGCGUUGAAGCAGAAUCGGGGCCACCAGCGAGCUUUUUCUCAGGGGCAAAUAAGCGAUGGUGGAACAGUUGGAUUUCAGAAAGGUCAUUCUCGUGUGGGUUCAAAGACUGAUUUCAUUCUUCCUCCGGGUCACAGGGACACAGAAAACAUCCCCGGCGCUGGAAGCGUUGCGAAAACUCAUGGACAUUCUAGGCAAGCGUCUAGGUCAGAAUCUAUUUAUACACUGAGACAGAGUGGAACACCAAACCUGUGGACACAAUUCCAGUCCUAUGUUCUCAGACGUGGGGGAAAAACAGACGUUGAAGGGUCACGUUGUCGUACCGUUGUUCCGAACCAUUUGGUACCACCCCACACGCCAAAGAAAUUGCACCCGAAUGGAAAGAGUCCUGACAACAAAAUCAGGACAACCAAGUAUACUCUUCUGUCAUUUUUGCCAAAAAAUUUACUAGAACAAUUUCAUCGUGUGGCCAAUCUCUAUUUUAUCUUCAUAGUCUUAUUGAACUGGUUUCCUGCAAUCAAUGCUUUUGGCAAGGAGAUAGCAAUGAUACCUGUGUUGUUUGUUCUUGGUGUGACAGCAAUUAAGGAUUUGUUUGAAGAUAGAAGACGACAUGCUAGUGACAAGAGAAUUAAUAAUUCUACAUGCCGCGUUUACCGUAGCGAUGAAGAGCGGUACAAAAAAACAUUAUGGAAGAAAGUAAGAGUUGGAGACCUAGUACAUUUAUCAAAUAAUGAGGUAAUUCCUGCAGAUAUUCUUCUUCUGCGGUCCAGUGACCCUAAUGGUAUUUGCUAUAUCGAUUCUUGCAAUUUGGAUGGAGAGACCAAUCUGAAACAGAGACAAGUGGCGAGGGGUUUUGUGGAGAAGCAAGAUAUAUUUGAACCAUGUAAAUUCCGAUCAGUGGUGGAAGUUGAUGGGCCAACAACAAAGAUCUAUCGCUUUCAUGGUUCAAUUGUGCAUCCAGAUGGUGAAAGAGUACCAGUAAGCACAGAUAAUCUUCUUUUGAGGGACUGCAUGGUGAAAAACACAGAUUUUGUGGAGGGAAUCGUUGUCUAUGCAGGACAUGAAACUAAAGCAAUGUUGAAUAAUGGAGGGCCUAGGUACAAACGCUCCAACUUGGAACGCCAAAUGAAUCUGGAUAUAAUUUGGUGUGUUCUUAUUCUCAUUGUCCUAUGUGUAAUUGGUGCUGCUGGCUGCAAGUUGUGGUUGUCUUCGUAUGAUGGUAUCUCAGUGCCACCAUUUAUUCCUAGCAUGCAGAAUUCCACAACUGAAGGCAUUUUGAGUUUCUGGACUUUUGUUAUAAUCCUGCAGAUAAUGAUACCACUCUCACUUUAUGUGACGAUAGAAAUGGCAAAACUUAUACAAGUGUACCAUAUUCACAAUGAUGUCAAUUUGUAUGACCCAGAAACUAACAAAAGGAUAGAGUGUCGUGCAUUGAACAUACCAGAAGAGCUGGGCCAAGUUCAAUACAUUUUUUCAGAUAAAACAGGAACACUCACUGAGAACAAGAUGAUAUUUAGGCGUUGUACUGUUGGUGGCAUAGAUUACAAUCAUCCACCACCAGAAAACAUUCAGAAAUUAAAAACACGGCCUGGUGUUCCUCUGCCACUGCUUGUCAACCCACGUCUCCAGGAGGAGCUGGAAGCAGGUGCUCGACCCUCAGUGCACAGCCAAAGACUGCAAGAAUUCCUACUGCUACUUGCUGUUUGCAACACAGUUGUUGUUUCCCAGCAUCCUCACCAUGACAUUAUGAAUGCAAGUGGUGUGAUAGAACAAACGGCAGACUCCCUGCCUGGCCGUGUUGUACCUACUUCAGUUCCUACAUCUGUGCCUGUGACAGGAUGUCUUCCACGAGUUGAUACAGCACCUGCACAGUACACAUUACUGAGUGAAUCGAGGUCCGUGACACCUUCACCUCCACCUCAGCCUUGCUCCAUGGCCACUGCUUCUCCUCUUAGCUCAUCACCAGGAAGCAGGCCAAAAGUUCUUGGUGUGCCAUCUUUGCUUGUUGUACGUAGAGCAACCACUCCAACACCAUCACCCUGUGAACUGAAGCCUAUAUUUGAAGCAGAAAGUCCUGAUGAACUGGCACUCGUGGAUGCUGCGUACAGUUAUGGUUGCCGUUUGGUGAAGAGAUCUCCCCAGGUUGCAACUGUUUCUAUGCCAGGACAAGGUGCACUGGACUUCGAAAUCUUGAAGAUUCUGCCAUUUGAUUCAGCACGGAAAUGUAUGUCAGUUGUUUUGAAACAUCCUGUUAGCCAUCAGAAGAUUCUUUUUUGCAAAGGAGCAGAUUCUACAAUACUGCCAAAUUUGGCUCCUACAGAUGAUGUGGUUAUGCAGCAGCAUAUAUUUCGUACUCAGCAGCAUCUGAACUCCUACGCUAGACAAGGUCUAAGAGUGCUGGUGAUGGCAAGACGAACUUUAACUGAUGCUGAAUUCCUUGAAUGGCAAAGAAGUCAUGUGGAAGCAGAACUUGCUGUGGAGGGCCGAGAACGUAAAUUACGAGAAUCUUUCAAUCGUCUGGAAUCUAAUCUCACCUUGCUAGGAGCAACUGGCAUUGAAGACAGACUGCAAGAGGGUGUUCCUGAAACAAUUGCUGCACUUAUUAGUGCUGGGAUUGUUGUUUGGGUGCUAACAGGUGACAAACCAGAGACUGCUAUCAAUGUAGCAUAUUCAGCACGCCUCUUUCAGCCUCAAAUGGAACUAAUUAAGUUAUCAGCUCGGUCACGAGAUCAAGCAGAAAGUGCCAUUCUGUUCUACCUCUCCAAAGUGCAACAGGAAAGCUCUAUUGGCACAUCGUCGUCAAGCACUUCCAGGGGGCUGAACCAGGUUGGUGUCUUCACAAGACCUUCUGCUGGUAAUGGUAAUAUAGGUUCCUCAGCUGGCCUCAGGCACGCUAUGGUGGUUGAUGGGAAGACAUUAACGUAUAUUCUGGACAGGCGUUCUAACCUGCAGAAACCUUUCCUCAAAUUGACCCAGUAUUGUACGUCAGUUCUGUGCUGCAGAACUACUCCUCUGCAGAAGGCCUACAUUGUGCGAAUUGUCAAAGAGCAACUAAAAAUGCGGACUCUUGCCAUUGGUGAUGGUGCUAAUGAUGUAUCAAUGAUCCAGACAGCUGAUGUUGGAAUUGGUAUAUCUGGCCAGGAAGGUCGGCAGGCUGUGAUGGCAUCUGACUUUGCCUUAUCAAGAUUCAAGUUCCUUGGUAGGCUGCUUCUGGUGCAUGGACACUGGUGCUAUGACCGUUUAGCUCGGAUGGUGCUAUAUUUCUUUUAUAAAAAUGCUACUUUUGUAUUUCUUAUUUUUUGGUACCAGCUUUAUUGUGGUUUCUCUGGAGCAGUGAUGAUUGACCAAAUGUACCUGAUGCUCUAUAACCUUCUCUUCACAUCACUUCCUCCUAUAGCUAUUGGUGUAUAUGAUCAAGAUGUCCCAGAGCAGAUCCUGCUGGCUCAGCCAUCGCUCUAUAACCAAGGACGCCUUGGAUUGGUCUACCAGCCUCAUUCUUUCUGGGUUACAAUGGCAGAUUCUCUGUAUCAGAGCAUAGUCAUUUUCUUCAUAUGUGAAGCAGCUUACCAUAACACAGAAGUUGGUAUCUGGGAGUUUGGCACUACUGUGACUACCUCUUGUAUGUUUGUGAUGCUGUGCCAUGUAGCUAUUGAAACCAGAUCUUGGACUGUGAUCCAUCUUGCAUCUAUCCUGUUGUCAAUCACUGCCUUCUAUGUUUUUUCACUUGUAUAUAACACAGUCUGUCUGCAAUGCUUUGGACUACCAAGUAAUUAUUGGGUCAUCCAACAGACAAUUGGUACAAGCAUAUACUGGGCAUCAGUCUUCCUUUCAACUGUUAUGGCGCUUCUACCCAGGUUUGUUUGGCGGGUUGUGGAGACAACACUGUUUCCGAAAGAUGUCGUACGUGCUGUCUUGGAUCACAAAGUCGCUGCACGGCGAGGUGAGGGAUUCCUUGUGUCAUGGUCACGGUCUACUUCCACAUCAUCCAUCUUCAGGAAUGCAGAUUUCAGACCUAAACACGUGACACAGAACAGUUUAACAGCUGUUGGUUGAAAAGCUAGUUUCAAAAAACUUAUUUUUACACAUUCGCAGGCUGUGAGGUUCCAUGGGACCACAAAUAUUAGCUUUCCGAGUCAUCUGUGGCUCAAGAGACACUUUGGUGCUGUGCUUAAUUUCACAGUUACAACAUUGAGUUGUAUCUUAAAAGAAAUUUAUAUAUUCUAUUUUUGUGAAUACAGUUAAGAUUGAAGGCA